GGCCUAACAACAACCAAGAUUUAAGGUAACGAAUACAUCCCCCAGAUAAGGACCAAGUUCAGGAAGAGAUAUCAACCUUGGCGUUUGUGUGUACGGCCAGUAUCAAAGGCCAAGUACCAGGCUCUAGGAUAUGAUGCGGGCUUGACCUAAUGAACCCCGUCACGUCCCUCUCUGUGGUACUACUUUUACUGGGUAAAGUGGCCGAGAGCGAGUAAUGAGGAGCAUGUCAACAAUUCGAAGCGAGUAGAUUCUAGGCAACAGAUACCUGUCUCCCGGCCCGACAUGGUAGUGUUGCUCGAGCAUCUGUGAUGGGUGUUAUUGAUACCGUGAGCUUCAAGAUAUCUAGCUGUGAUAUUGUUGCCAUGGUUCAGAAGGCGGAAAAUAUCCUGGAACCGCGUCUAUUAUACAGAUCAUUGAUGAGUUUUGAUUGAUGUUGCCUUAUUUGCCAAACAGACCUCCAAAGAUAGACGAUCCGCCUCCUCCACCUCCACGGCCACCAUGUCUCCUGGCUUCAGUUCGAAUCCAUUCCUUCAGAAACUCCCUGUCGGCGAGCCUUCUGGCAUCCGAUAGCUUGGUCGCUGUUUGUGCCUCCCCACCGUCGAAACUUAAGAGCGUGGGAAUGCUGGUGAUCAUGUAAGUCAUGGCUAAGUUGGGACUUCCUGACAUGAUAUCCGGUGAAUCAAACUCAACAGUCGCGAGAGACACGCCUCCCUCCUCCUCGCCAACGCCAGACUCGACAAGAUCUCUGAUGAGAGGGCUUACGACUUUGCAGGUUGAGCACCAUGAGGCGGUCCACAGGGUCAGCAGGGGGGUCCGGGACGAUGUCGAGAGUGAAAGGUAGGUUGAGAAAGAGUCAUUGUUGCGGAUACUAGCUGGCGGUCAACAGACAAGCUAUUUCUCGGCAGAGGGAGACAAAGACAGCGAUCGACAAAUGGAUUGCAAGGGGGGAACAUGUGCGGAGACAUGUGAUCUAUCAAAGCAAGCAAUUUGACUUACGGGACGUGUAUCUGGUUCUUGGCUUGUCGCGAUGUAGUCGAUGAGAUUAAGGCUCGCUGGAAUGAACGAGGUAUCGUCUGUGCCUUAUUACAGAGAGGGCGGAGCCCAGGGCGUAAAGUGAUUGUGUGCAUUAUAAUCUUCGAGAUGAACUACGGCCUCAAUGGCCAAAGCUGAAUGCGCAAUCGAACCUAAAAUGCUUCGGUAGAAUGGAAUUCAAGCGAGGAUUUGGAGGUGAGACAUGGUAAGACGCCCAUGCCAGAAAUGAUGUAAUGAUCUAGCGACAGGACCCUUCACCAGGUGGGGGAUGCAUUGUUUACUGGGGCGGCUGCAGUGAGAUGGGCCAGUGGUGAGCUUGCAGAGAGAUGCUGCAGACCGCACGGGACGCCGUUAAAACAACAUAAGUCGGUCACGCGUGCAGCAUCUACAGAAGUGAAACUUGGUUUAACCUGGAAUCGUCGUUAGUUAUGGCACUGCCGCCGCUCCCGCCAAGUGGCCAACAGGAUGAUGGAUCCUUUGUCACCAGGCCUAAAGGCAUGGGAGUGGAGUUGAGCCUGGUGAUCCAACGUUAACCUUACUCGCGUUAUCCGUCGAGUAGUGCCAGUCCCUUAUCCAGGAGAAGCAUGGAUACUUAUAUCCUACCGCCUCCUCGCGCAUUGUUUCUUUGCGAGGAUAUAUUCCUCACAGAGAGCCGGAGUGGCAUCUUUUCUUGAUCUUUUCCCCCCCGAUUGUAUGAUUCCAGGCCGACGUUUGUUUUUGCCAUAUACCCUUCAUAUGGCUUGCAGCUGGUGACGACUUGAAAAACUCCACAAUUGUUUAGACCCUGAUGCCUUUCAUUGCUUCGCGACGAAACUAACUGGCUUCCCAUCUCGAUCACACUCACCUAUAAACAAAUUCCAUCAUCCAUCAUCCAAUCUCCCUAACCUAGAAUUUUCUUCUCAGCCUCACUUUGUUCUCCUUCGUCGAAGACGCACCCUGCAUAAGAAGCUUUGUUUACCCUCUAUAUCAUUAUCCACUUGGCACCUACAAUCAAAACAUGUCCAACUUCUAGAUUAUACCCAUCAAGGUCUAUCCCUCGAUCCACGAGCUUUCCAUCGAGAACCCCUCUGAACACGUCAGAAGUGAUAUUUAAAACACCAAUUUUCAUUUGUAUCCUGGCUUGAGAAAGUCCUCCUUAUGCAGUCAGAGAAACCAAACGUGCCCAGGUGGCGGCGCUUCCUGGGCGGCGGCGGCGGACCUACCGGUGCCAGGCCAGAUGAAUCGUACGGACCUUCCAGAUGGAGCAUGGGUGUUCUGAACGAUAAAAAGACUAUUGAAGUUCCAGGUUCCGUGCUUCUGCUGGCAUCACAUCGUAAUGAGCCUCUCGGUCUGCGAAAUGUGCACGCCAGAACCUCUCAUUCAUCUAUUCCUGCUGGCUUUCCUGUUGAUACGCGAAGGACAUCAGCCUCAUCAGCAGCAGCAGCGGCGGCAGCUGCUGCCUCAGUAGCGGAGAGUCAUGCUCCCGCGGACGAGAGUGACGGCAAGAAGAAAACAAGCGACGGGGCUAUCAUCCUAGAACCACAGCCUGAAGAAUCAGGAAAUGAUCCUUUAAACUGGCCCGCUUGGAAACGAGACAUUGCUCUUUUGUCGCUCGGUUUCUACUGUAUGCUCGGCGGCGGCACAACUCCCCUCAUCGCUGCUGGCUUCACCGACGUUGCAGAGACAUACGACGUUGAUGUCGAGAGGGUCGCUUUGACCACCGGACUCUACAUGAUGGGCAUGGGCCUCGGCUCCGUUGUGUUCUCACCAACCGCUAUUCUAUGGGGCAAACGCCCAGUAUAUCUGGGCAGUGCAAUCCUGUUCAUUGGGACAUCGCUCUGGGCAGCAUGGUCUCCAAGCUUUAAUUCUCUCCUCGCGGCCAGAGUCUUUCAAGGCUUUGCUGUUAGCCCUGUUGAAUGCCUUCCAUCAGCCACAAUUGCCGAAAUCUUCUUCCUCCAUGAGAGAGCCUACCGGAUUGGUAUUUAUACUCUUCUUUUGCUUGGCGGCAAGAACCUGGUUCCCCUUGUCAGUGCCGUCAUCAUUGGCGGUCUCUCGUGGCGCUGGGUUUUUUGGAUCUUGGCCAUGAUCAUUGCCUUUGGUGCUGUACUUCUCUUCUUGUUUGUCCCGGAAACCUUCUGGGAUCGCACCCCCCAUGCAAGGCCUAAGCAUCCAUCCAAGCGGCCAAGUUUUCUUCGCCGGCUCUCAUCUCGUCAUGCGGUUCCGCAAACUGGCGGAGAGGGGCUACUCCAGGGUGAGCCUGGAGCGCACUUCGCAGAUGCAGGCCAUACUCAAGAUGGACGCCAAUCACCUGCUGCUCUUCAUCGAGGCCGGGACCUCCAUGUUGGAUUUGCUGAGUCUGGUGAUGCUGCUGAAGAGGCCGCAGCACCUGUGACUCCAGUUUCGCCUCAGGCGGUAGUCCAUUCGUCUGACAAAAACCCAUCUUCCCCAGGUGAUGUCGGUAGCACGACUGGAAGUGAGUCCAUCAGUGCGUCUUUCAAGUUGGGACCAAACCUGGAGAAUGAGAAGUUGGAUGCCUCGCGGCUCCAGGGCCCGCCCAAGAUCCAGGCCUACACACACAACCUCCGUCAACAGCCUCCAAAAUCCUUUGUUCAACAGCUUAAGCCCUGGCAUGGAAGGCUGAACAGUGAUAGCUGGCUCAAGGUCAUGGUUCGCCCUUUCAUUCUAUUCGCAUACCCAGCGGUCCUCUGGUCAGCUGCCGUGUAUGCUUGUUCUGUGGGUUGGCUUAUCGUCAUCUCUGAGUCGAUUGCCAUGAUAUACCGCGAUAAAGAUUCUUAUAAUUUCACCGCGCUCCAGACAGGCUUAGUGUAUAUCUCGCCUUUUAUCGGUGGUAUCCUGGGAACUGGCGUGGCUGGCAAGGUCAGUGACAUUAUCGUCAAGAUCAUGUCGAGGCGUAACGGCGGUCUCUACGAGCCCGAGUUCCGUCUUGUCAUGGCCCUUCCCAUCCUUAUCAGCACAUGCAUAGGCCUAAUGGGCUUUGGCUGGUCGGCAGAAGAAAAAGAUCAUUGGAUGGUUCCUACCUUCUUCUUUGGAGUUGUGUCAUUUGGGUGCUCACUUGGAUCAACUACAUCCAUCACAUUCUGCGUGGACAGCUAUCGCCAAUACGCCGGAGAGGCUUUGGUGACGCUUAACUUUUCGAAGAAUAUCUUGCAUGGACUUGUUUUCAGCCUCUUCGUUACGCAUUGGUUGCAUGGCGAUGGCCCGAAGAAGGUGUAUAUCUGGAUUGGUAUAAUCCAACUGCUUUUAAUGCUGUGCACAAUUCCUAUGUACAUUUACGGCAAGAGGGCACGUAUGUGGACAGUUCGAGCAAACUUGAUGGAGAAGUUCUGAUUUCAAAUGGGCAUUGCUUGGAGUUUCGACACCUUUACUGCAUGAGACAAACAGCGCAUCGCAUGAUCCUUCAUUUUGACGAUACGGAGUUUGUCUGUUUUGUUAUUACUUACAACAUAUGGCCUGGCACGCGAGUGCUAUUGCAUUGACCACCAAGACCCAGCAUGAUUAGAAUGAUUAUUUUUGUUAGUUAAGAUGGCGGUUAGUGGUAUUAUUGAGAACAGACUUGGGCAUUCAUUUAUUCAUCUGUCGCUGGUGAUUUCUAUUAAAACCUCAAGCAAUAAGCGACUAGCCUAAGCCGUUUGACAGCUGCUUCCCACAUCUUUACCUUGAUGAAUGCCCUCCACAUGAUUCCGGUCUGAACUUACCACAAUGCAGCGGGACAUGUAGCUGGAGUCUACCCCUAUCGACUUUCGUCACAUGCACAGACCUGACAAGCACAAUAAUGAGAAGUCAUCAGGUGAUGUCGCGACUAAAUGGCGUUUAGAGGCUCUCCCCUACUAUACGCAAGGGAUACGCCCUGAGCCAGCAACGUUUUAAGGUAAUUAAGUAUUAUAGGAUUAGUUUUGAUCAUUACGAGUUCUGACAAGGGGCUAGAAUUUUUAGAAUCAAGUAUCAUUAACCGAACGCUGCCUAUUUAUUUCUGUUUACCCCCUGAUGCUCAACCUCCAGAUUUCAGAUCAUCAACCACGAUAAGUGGCUCACGGCUCGAAGAGCGUUGUUUGGAAAAGAAAGAGCUCAUUAGAGCACACGACGCAAUAGUCUCCGAGCGAUGCCAACUUCUUACGAUCAAGCUUGAUUACAGUUACACACCCCGCAUCAAACGAUACCAUAGCCUCUCUGGAGGACUUCUCAGGUGAUCAUGAUCAACUCAUUGCCUACCAUUUCAUGUACACCAUGAUAACAAAGUUUGAAAUAAUACUGAAGUACAUGUGAAUCAUUACGAAACACCGCCAUCUUGCGCGUAAAAGUGCCAGUUUCGUCUGUAUCUAAGCUCGAAUGCUCAGGCAACGGUUUGGCGGAUAAUGACCGCGAUUACCAAGCCGCUGAUUAAUUUUUGAUAUCAAAAUGAAAUCGAGGCUGAGAGCUCAAAGUAGUGGGACGCAUAUACCGUGCAUCACACUCAUAAUACCAUUUUAAGGUGGCAAGCUGGUGUUUGUCAGUCCGAUGAUGCAUGUUAUGGCGCUUCCUGAGAGAUAAACUCCCCACCGUGGUCUAACCAAGUUCUUGUUGCUGAAGGAUGAAUAUUAGGAAUGAUUAGACUGGGAAAUAAUUUCACAUUAGCGAGAAACUUGAAAUACAAGUCGGCGUUGCGGGAAUAAGCUAUACUUCAGGAUCCUCUGGGCCUAUAGUGUGUUUUGUGUUCUUGUAGCAAACGAGGAACAGCAGCGCGUUCUCUUCAUUUGUUCUUUUCCUUUUAUACUCGGACAAUUUUGUGCAAAAUGCUGAUGUUUUUGUGAAAUGCUCCUGAUGGUAUAUAUCUGCGCCAUAUGCAAUCAACGCUAAUCCCAAGACACCAUUUCCAACGCCCGUUCUUUAAUUCAUACAUCUUAGGGGCUGAAA